AUGGUGAAGAUGGUAGGAAGGGAGAGAAGAGAUGAAAACGUCGUGGUUGCGAUCGAUCGAGACAAAGGAAGUCAGGCUGCAUUGAAAUGGGCUGUCGAUAAUCUUUUAACCCCAGGAGAGAAUCUUACUCUUGUUCAUGUCAGGCUAAAACAAACCCUUCCUCUAAAUGCAACCUACCAUAAUAAGUCUAGAGAUGACGUGAAGGAACUGUUUCUUCCAUUCCGCUGCUUCUGCACCAGAAAAGACAUAAAUUGUGAAGAUGUGGUAUUGGAGGACGUUGAUGCCGCUAAAGGAAUUAUAGACUAUGUGCAAGAGAAUGCAAUUGAUAUUCUAGUACUCGGUGCAUCUAAGAUGACUCUUUUAAAAAGGUUCAAAGCAGCAGAUGUUACAAGUACCGUGAUGAAAGGAGCAGCCAGUUUCUGUACAGUUUAUGCAAUCUCUAGAGGUAAAAUAUCAUCGGUAAGAUCAGCAACGUCUUCACCUCCUCCACUCUGCACAAUACGUCCAAAGUUGCCAGCUCGGCCCAGCAAAGCUAGCAGCAACAACUCUCAUCCCAGAGCAAGACUGUGUCAGCGUGAAGCUGACAAAACACAGGAAGAGAUCGAGAUCAAGCAUCCUCAUUACUUGAGAAGAGGAUAUGACCAGGCCUCAGUGACAGACUCGGAUAUAUCGUUUGUGAGUAGUGAUAGGCCAAGUAUGGAUUGGAUGUUCCCAACGCCUCGUCUUUCUGUUAGCUCUGAGUUUGAAGAAAACCGAUGCAGCUUUGCGGCAUCCUCAUGUUCAUCAGAAAAACAGUCUUUAGACCUUGGUUCUUCGUAUUCUGCAUUCUCCUCAAGCUCUCAAGAAAGUGGGAGACUCUCCUCAUGGUCACUACAUAGCCAGGAUGAUGUAGAAGCUGAGAUGAGAAGGCUGAAAAUGGAGCUCAAGUAUACAAUGGAAAUGUACAGCACUGCUUGCAAAGAAGCAAUCGCGGCCAAGAAAACAACAACAGAGUUACACAAAUUGAAAGAAGAGAGGGAACAGAAACUAGAAGAAGCAAGACUCGCUAAGGAAGCAGCAAUGGCAAUGGCAGAGAAUGAGAAGGAAAAGAGCAGAGCAGCCAUGGAAGCAAUAGCAACCGCUCAUAGAAUAGCAGAAAUGGAAACUCAGAAGAGAGAACAAAUCGAAACGGCGUCUCUGAGAGAAGCAGGAGAUAAGAACAACGUGAUGUACUCUUUGGCUAAGAGUGAUAGAAGGUAUAGGGAGUACACAAUUGCAGAGAUUGAAGAAGCAACAGAAGAUUUCUCAGAUAAUCACAAGAUUGGAGAAGGCGGUUAUGGACCUGUUUAUAAGGGUACUCUAGAUUACACAGAAGUGGCUAUAAAAGUCGUGAGACCGGACGCAUCACAAGGGCGAUCGCAAUUCCAACAAGAAUUGGAAGUGCUAACCUGCAUAAGACAUCCAAACAUGGUUGUCUUACUAGGAGCUUGUGCAGAAUACGGGUGUUUAGUCUAUGAAUAUAUGGCCAAUGGUAGCUUAGAAGACCGUAUACUUAGACGAGGAAACUCUCCAGUGCUUUCAUGGCAGUUAAGAUUCCGCAUUGCAGCUGAAAUCGCCACCAGUCUUAAUUUCCUUCACCAGAUGAAACCAGAGCCACUGGUGCACCGAAACCUGAAACUAGCCAACAUAUUACUUGACCAUUACAUGGUCAGCAAGAUUGCUGAUGUCGGGCUGGCACGGCUCAUGCCACCUGCGGUUUCUAACACCGAAACCGAGUAUAGAAUGACUUCUACUGCUGGAACCAUGUGUAACAUUGAUCCAGAGUACCAACAAACGGGUAUACUUGUAACCAAAUCAGAUAUAUACUCAUUUGGGAUUAUACUCUUGCAAAUACUUACAGCAAAGCCACCAAUGAGCUUGACUCACAAGGUUCAGAAAGCAAUUGAGGAAGGAACUUUUCUUGGGAUGCUAGACCCUGCUGUUCCUGACUGGCCACUUGAAGAAGCCUUAGAUUUAGCCAAACUUGGUUUACAAUGCGCAGAGUUAAGGCCAAAAGACAGACCUAUCUUGGGAAAGGAUGUUUUGCCUGAGCUUAAAAAGCUCAUGGAUUUGGCAGAAGAAAGCUCCCAGUCUGCACUUAUGGAAAAUGUGAGUCUGUCAUCUCCAACUCAAACCCAAGCUACAUCUCCCCCAUCGUGGGUAAACAUCGUUCAAAAUAAGCAAGCUUUGUCAAAGUACGAAAUUCAGCUCUCUGUCAAAGAUGGAAAAAACUUGGUUGUCGUUCCAAAGGAAGUGUCUGAUGACGUUUCCCCUAUGGGAUGA